AUGGGCUGCGGUCUUAGUGGACUUGCUUCAGCACUGGCCCUUGCUCAAGCUGGUCACCGUGUGACAGUUUUUGAGCGUAGUGUUAAACUACAAGAAAUCGGUGCCGGAAUACAGUUAGCCCCCAAUGCGACGCGCCUGCUUCAACACUGGGGCGUCUUCGAGGAGGUCUUUAAGUAUGCUGACCGACCAGAGGCCGGGACUUUUCACUCCUAUCAAGGAGAUGUGCUCUCGCAGUCACCGCCUAUAUCUCAUCCAAACCUGGUGAGCGAGGCCCCUUAUCUCAUAAUCCAUCAUGCCAACCUCCUGAGAGCCUUGCUGUCGGGAACAGGGAAGCUUGGGAUAGAGAUCAAACUGGGCAGUGAAGUCAAAGAGAUCAAUUUCAACAAGCCCUCUCUACGCCUUGCCACUGGCGAGAUCUAUAAAGCAGACCUGAUCCUUGGUGCGGACAGGGAGAGGUCCCGUUGCGGAGGUAGGCUGUUGGGCCGUGAGGACCCUCCUUACAGUCCUAGCAAUGUCGUAUACCAGAUCUCUGUCCCUACAAAAGACAUAACGGAAGACCAUCUAGCUUGGGACCUAAAAAGACGAUCCAGCGUCAACUUUUGGAUGGGGUCGGGCGGCCACGUGGUCACGUACCCCAUCCAGCACGAUAUGCUCAACGUAGUUCUGGUAUACACUGAGGGUGCAGGCGGCAACGUUAUGUACGGGCCACAACGAGCAGACAUAGAAGAGUUCAGGAGCAAGAUCUCGGACUGGGACCCGGUACUUCAUGAGCUGAUCAACGUGAAAGGAGCACAGGGUGCCGCACAGGCCUUUAAGGAUGCAGGCGUCCUGGGAGCGAUAUUCAGCCAGUCAGUGGGGCGGGACCAAAUCCCCAAUGCUCUUCGGGUGUUUGAGCAGGUUCGCAAGCCACAAGCUUCGGAGGUCCGACGUCACACAUUGGACCAGAAAGCCAUGUUUGCCCUUGCAGAUAGCCCGGAGCAGGAGGAGCGCGAUGCAAAACUUCGUGCGGGUGCGGACUAUGGACUGUUUAAGUGGCUCUGGGGGUAUGAUGCCGCCAAAAGUGGCAGAGAGGCGUGGAAACAGUUUUUAACUGAGAGCCAUGAAAAUGGAAUUAAACCCCGUCAUGGUAUUUAA